AUGUCAGAAGAAUACCAAAAAAUGGAAGAAAUAAAAGAAGAAGAGAGUAUUAAAGAAGAAAAUGAAGAAGAAGAGAAAGAAGAAAAAAAAAAGAUGGAAGAAGAAGAAAUUGAUGAUAAUUUAUUAGUGAUUGAAAUGAAAAAGUGGAUGAAAUUAUAUAAAUUAGAUUUAAGAAUAAUUAGAGCUCUAUAUGAUUUAGGAUUUAUUAAUCCAACUGAAAUUCAACAAUUAUCAAUUAAAAAAGCAUUAAAAUUUCAUAAAGAUGUUGUUGGGUCAGCACCAACUGGAAGUGGUAAAACAUUAUCAUUUUUAAUUCCAAUUGUACAACGAUUAAUUGAAUUAGAUAAAAUAGAUUCUACACAAUGUGUAAUUAUUGUUCCAACACGUGAACUAGCGGUACAAAUAAAUGAACAUUUUAAAAAAUUAAUUAAAUAUCUUCCACAAUUUACAAGUUCAGUUAUUGUGGGAGGAAUGGCAAUUCCAAAACAAGUAAGACUUCUUUCACAAGAACCUACAAUUGUUAUUGGUACACCCGGAAGAUUAUAUGAAUUAUAUUCUGAAACUGAACAUAAUGUUCUUCAAACAUUACCUGAAAUUCCAUUUAUUGUAUUAGAUGAAGCAGAUAGGUUAUUAGAAAAAGGACAUUUUAUUGAAUUAACAAAAUUAUUGGAUGUAUUUAAUAAUAAAGAAAAACAAACAUUUGUUUUUUCUGCUACAAUGAUUCUUGCAAGUGAAAUGAUGGCUAAAAAAUAUUCUUCAAAUGGUGAAGAUGAAUUAACUAGAAUGUUACAAAAAUUAAAAAUGAAUGAUACUGAAUUAAUUGAUGUUUCUACUCCACAACAAACAGUAGAACAAAUGGAAGAAAAGAAAGUAGUUGUACCAAGUCUUGUAAGAGAUGAAGCAUUAUUUUAUAUUCUUACUUAUAUGAAACCGGGAAAAACUUUGGUAUUUGUUAAUGCAAUUACUAUGAUUAAAAGACUUGUUCCAUUAUUUCAAAUGAUUGGAUGUUCUGUAUGUAGUUUAUAUAGUGGAAUGGAAAUGAGUCAACGGUUAAGGAAUAUUGAAAAGUUUACAAAAGGAAAUGAUAUUGCAUUAUUUACUACUGAUGUUUCUGCACGUGGUAUUGAUAUUGAUGAUGUAAAAACAGUUAUUCAUUAUGACUUACCAAGAACAUCUGAAUUAUAUGUUCAUAGAAGUGGUAGAACUGCACGUGCAGGAAGAAGUGGAUUAUGUAUAGUAUUUGUUGAGAAAGAAGAUAAAACACCAUAUGAGCAUUUAUUAAAAACUCUUAAGAAAAAAGAUUUCCCAAUGAUAAAACUUGAUGCUAAACCUUAUAAUUUUGCUAAGAAAAUCCUUUCAUUGGCUCGUAAAAUAUCUAAUACUAAUCAACAACAUAAAAAAAUUAGUAAUGACAAAGCUCUUAAAAAAGCUUUAGAUGUCGAUGACCAAUCAAGUGAUGAUGAAACUGAAGAUGAAAGAGUUGAAAGACAAAGAAAUGAAAAACUUGAAAAAAUGAAAAUUUUUGAAUUAAAAGAAGAAUUAAAAGACCUUUUAAAAAGGUAUCAAAUUACUAAGUAUCAUGGAACAAAUAAAGCUGACUUUUUAAUUGGUUUACAACUUAAAGAAAUUCAUGACACUCCAAAUAAACCUAAAGGAAAAUCAAAAAGAGAUCAAAAAAGACAACAUUUUGUCUCACCAAAAAAUUUAGAAGUUGGGGAUAUUGAAGAACAAUUACGAUUUGUUAGAUCCUUAAAGAAAUGA